CUGAAGUGGUCUAGGGGAAGGUGAUGGGCGGGGAGAAAUCUGAGGCAUGUUAAAAGCGUGUCGGAUAUGCGAGCUACAGAAAGAGUGGUCGUGACUAAUGGAGCUCUGUACUGGAGUUACGUGGAAGAAAGACAUCCUCUGCUUCUCAUCGAGCUGACCCGUCUUCUCACCAGAGGCCCAGCUCAAGAAUACAAGACAUGCCACUGAGUGACGGACUACCAUCAUGCAUCCUCAAUCCCACCAAGAGACCCAGCAAUACCAGACGCACUAUGGCUAUCUUAUCCACCACAACCAGUAUGGACAGCAAGUUGGAAAUGCACAGCCAAAUGGAAACCAAAUCCCAAGUUCCAAUUUAAACCAACAGGCCAAGUUUGGUCCCAUUCAGCAUCACCUUUCCUUGCAUGAUGGAACAUGCCUUCCACAGGCUGGUUACCAUGGAAAUGGAUCUUAUGGAAUAUCACCAGCAUAUCAGAAUUCUGUGUGCCCACCUGCAGCUCCAGCCCCAGCGGCAGGUACCCAUAGCACUCCACUAUAUGGAUACAUCAUUCCAUCGGGCGGUACCCAGAAUUUCCAGAAGAUGCAGUCACACACUGGGGCACAACCUGCACACAUACCUUCUUCAGGAACAACACAGGACUGGCAUGCGAGGAACAGCUCACAAACUAACGUGACACAAAGCACACCCAGGCAACCUCAAUCAGAAACAAAACAAGACUGGCAUACGAGGAACAGCUCACAAACUAACAUGAAUGUCAUCAUGCCAAACGGAGGAUUACACAUGUCAAUGAGCCAACGUCAGGCUACUGUUAACAACCUGAAUGGUCACAAUAGAUCUCCUCAAGCAGCCCAGGCAUUACAGGUACAGCAAUCCACUACUCAAGGUCAAGUCCAAAAUCCUCCUGCCCAUCAACAAAUCAGUUUGGCUGCAUGGCAGAUCUUUCUGACACAGCCGAAUGUGGCACAGGCUUAUCAUCUAAAGCUAACGCACAGUAAUCAACAGCAAAAUAUCCAGGUGAAUGGCAGGUUGAGUACCGAAGGCCAUGCACUACAACCAACACAAAAUGGCAGGAUUCCCAGUGGAACAAAUGGACAAGAUGUGAUGGUGUCCUCAUCAACUUCCUCAAGUCCGUGGUCAAGCUGUCAGUUCGUCAAUAAUGUAAACAAUGGGCAAAUUUCCAGGAGAAACAUGACCGUCACAUCACCUACCACUUCACCCAUGGUGGCUUCUCUGCCUCUCUACUCAAACAACUCGACCAGCUCCCCUCCUGUCUCCACGGGCUUGAAUAGAUUACCGCUCCCCCCGUAUCCUUAUGGGACACCCUCACAGUCGGCUCCUUCCCAAAACAUGAGCGUUUUCCCCUCUGGUUCCAGAGGUCUGCCGCCCUCAGCCAUCAGAGCCAAUGGUUUGCCCCCUCCUUAUCACAUAUUGGACAGUUCCAGCUCUGCCCACACCGACCAGAACAGUCCUCCUGCUCUGGACAAUUCAAACAGAAAUGGAGAUAGAGCUCCUAACCUCAGCAAUGGCACUCUAGUUAAUAGUACACCUAUCCAACAACAAAACUCACCUGUCGUUGUCUCAGACCAGCACAGAUUGUCCCAACUGGCUUCACAGAGGGAAGCGGAUCUGUACUACAACCAUGGACCAAACGUGCCUGACAGACCUGCCUUAAUUUCGAUAGACAAGCGGAGUCUACUGCUUAAGUAUCUCCUCAGAAAGAAAAAAACGGACAUUGACCAGGUUUGCUUUGGGGACUUACUUACUACUCUAAGAACUGACAAAGUGCAAGGGUACCCUAAGAAAAGUGUGCAGGUACACAGAGCUGUUGCAGUUGUACCUCCCAUAUCACAGCAGCUUUGCAGAAAGAGUAGUUGUGAUGAGGUUCCAUUUACAAUAGAAAAAGUUUGGUCUCUUACUGAUGAAAAGCAAACAGAGGAGGCCAGUGCUUUGCUUUUGGACAGUGACUGUUCCUCUAUAAGAAAGUCAUCAUCUAGUGGAAAGGGAUCAGAGGAUGGCGGUUGUCCUAAAGAUGGUGUGACAGCUGGUCAAGGUUCACACCCAGAGUCAGCAGUCUGCUCAAACACAAAUUCUCUCAACAAUCUGAUUACUGAGAAGGAAGAUGCUCCCAAGGACCAGAACCAUGGAGACCUAGGUAGAUCAGAUUGUUUUUUUGGCAUGUCAGCAGUGACGUGGAGUCUAGGAAAGGUGAGGAAAUUGGUGGCAGCCUUGGAACUGCUAGAACAAAAGCCACACAGAAAUGACCAGAAUGGACAAGACUUUGCACGCACUAUACUUGAUCUUUAUUGGGAUAGAAGCUAUCAUAACUACAUUGUGACAGAGCUAGGUGGUACCUUUGGAAAUAUAUUGAAGGAGGCUGCAGAGUUUGACACAGAGGAAGACAAGAUUGUGUUUGAUGCCAUGCAGGUAAAUGAUUUAGAUCAGCUAAAUAGCAAGUGCCACAUUCUUACCAGUUGCUUUGACGGUGGCAUCGCCACAGAAGUGGAUAAGUCAUCCUGGAGAAAUGUAAGUGAUGAAUCAUUGAACAUUUGCAAAGAAUUGACAGAUGAAGAUUUUAUUAGAAAAAACAUGGGGUCAUUGCUGGAAAAUUCCAAUGACAAGGCACAGGAGACAGACUUGUUCAAUAACAUUGAGGCUCCAUGUACCACAUCUUUCCGUGAGAACAGUGUGUCUAAGGAAGAUCUUCAAGCAUCCUCAGACCAGGCUGAACAGACUGAUCACAUCAUACCCCAGAGUCAAGAUGAUCUGGAAGAUCUCCACGCAUUCUCAGACCAGGCUGAACAGACUGGUCACAUCAAACCCCAGAGUCAAGAUGAUCUUGGACAAAACUCUACAAUGCCCAUCUCCACCACCAGUAAUAGACUUGAAAACAAGGAAGUUGAUCUCUCCCUUCCGGUUCAGGUGUCCUUCAUAAAUCCUAGCAGACUUUCAGACCAAAACCAAGCUCCUGCUGACCUUCAGAAGGACACUGCAUAUCAAACUGCUGAGGUGUAUGAUGGCCAUGACCCUAAACAGUGUUUCAGAAUUGCAUUAGAUGGAUCAGAUGAAUAUAUAAGAACAUCAUCAAAAGAUUCUCAUCAUCAAAAGAACUCUCAUCAUAUCAGUCAGGAUUUGGAUCACAAGGAGUGUUUGCCUAAAGAGGGUUGUGAAUUGUCAGAAAGCAUCUGUGAACAGGCAGAAACAUCAGACGAAGGCUGUCCAAAGAACCAGGAUGAUGCCAUGCUGUCCAUCAAAUUAAAUGUUUUGUCAUCUGAGAACGAAAUUAAGACUUUUAAUUCUAAUUAUGUAGAUCAGGACCUUGUCAGUUCUCCACAGGAAGAUCCCCCCUCACCUACUCUAUUCAUCGACACCCAGUCAGAUGAGUUUGAUCAAGACAGUCCUAUGAGUCCAGAUGAACCCAUGCUGUCAAUGAAGAUAACAGUGCUCUCAUUGGAUGAGUUAAAGGCAUUUUCAAAGGAAUUCUGUGAAGACUCUGAUGACAGUGUGUACAGUGUUGCUGCUUCUUCUCCCAUUUGCCUUGAUAGUAGUGAUCAUUCUGAGGGAGAUUUGAGUGAAAUGCUGAAUCAAGAAGAGAUUAACAUACUUAGUGGAGAAGAAGAGAUCCCAUCCUUUCUCUCCAUGGAAGAUGUUUUUAAAUUCAGUGAAAUACAGACAAGUAGGAUGAAAAAGAAACAAAAUGACCACUUAACAAAGUCAACUGGAAAAGAGCAAACUAAUCCUCUCAAAAACUGCAGGAAGGAAAAGGAAACAUCAAUGUCAACGAAGAAACAUCAACAUCCAAAACGAAUCCAUCGGCCAUCCACGCAUUAUGCUCAGAAACACUCAUCAAAUGUUUCCAGAAAGGGCUCUGCUCAGACAGCCCAUAAGAAAACCAAGCCAAGUGGACUGGAGUUUCAUAUUCCCACCUCGUCCCCCAGUGGGACUAAAGCCAGCUCUCCCAUCUCUCCUUCAGCUGCCAUAAGGAAAAAGAAGUCUGACGUAAUGAAGGAACUUGAUUCAUUGCGCACAGGAGAGGGUGAGAAGGUAGAAAAGCCAAGUGCAAGUCAUGUAAAAGGAAGUGGCAGCCCCACCAGCACUUUCCGACCAUUAGCCCAGAAAAAGCGCAGCAGGGAAUCACUCGAAGAGUGUGGGAAUUUGGAUGAGUUGACAGAAGUCCUGGUUCCCUCAGGCCAAUCAUGCCUGAAUGUGACUAAUAAAUCCAGCAUCUCCCAAGACACUGGUGCAGAGGUAACUAAGGCACCAGACAACAAAAGACACAGACAUGAAGCUGUAAACCCCACUGCUACCUCGGGGGCGAAUUAUCUGAAUCUAACAGGAACUACAGAAAAUCCAGAAAUACCAAAGCCCAUGAAAAGAAAAUGUGCAGUGUUAAAGCCAUAUGGUUCAUCACCGUAUUACACAGUUUGUGAACGUGAUUUGCCAGCUAGACUUACAGUUCUGUAUUCCCCGGAAAAGAACUCUGCAAAGAACAAGAUCAUGAACAGUUGGAAGAACAGUUUUGUGCCCACUCCCGUGAAAUCCAGGAGACUAUCAGAACACGCCCCGGAAGAUGAGAACAGGGAGAAGGAUGUGCCUGAAAGAACAUUAAAGCACCAGAACUCGCCUAGCAAGGACAAGGAGGAGCAGCAGAGAUCAUCUGUCAAGGGGCACCAGACCAAAUACAAGAAACGUACCAACAGAUCCUCCAGUCUAGGCGAGAUGAAAAGGGAAGCUCUGAGGAUGGGAAGAUUAAAAAUGUCUCCACGAGAACAGAAGGACAUGGGACUACAUAUAAUUAAACAGUUUCGACGGAAUCAUGUGAAGUUGUGAACUUUGGACAAAGAUUAACAUAACUUGGCAUUUGUACUUUUUGAUAUCAGAAAAGUAUUGGCCUGCAAACUAAUCAAUCUUUCCCCUUUCGCCAGAUAUUGCUGAAAGAAUUACUUGAAAUAGCAAAUCAGAAGUCUUCAGUGACUUGAGGAUAGAUAGCCAAUAGUAUUCUGAUUUGUCUCGUAUCUGAAUAUGUUGUAAAUAUGUCAUGUUCUAUUUUUGUCUUUACUCUAGCAUGUAACUCAGAAUCUCGAUAUUUUUCAUACACUACACAGCGUAUUGUUGACUCCUCUCUUCUUAAAUUGUCAGUUUACGGUUGAAUGAUGUCAUUUUAUUGUCUUUUUUAUAGAUAUUUAAUUUUUUUUAUCAAUGUGAAUUGUGACCCGUGUUUUUGUAUUUUUUUAAUAAAUCGAUACUGCAGUGACAAAAAUGGUGGCUACAGGCACAGUGAUUUAUUUUCCCUUGCUAAUAAGGGCUGGUAAUCUUGCACUGAAUGAUCCAGAUAAUCUUCAAAAUGAAUACAUAGGCCCCACUCAGGUUUUUAAAGCAUCUUUCUUUGAAAGGAAAGGAGAACGAGUGAGAGCUGUAUAUCAUUUACACUGUUUUGGUGUAAUACUGUCUGUCGGCAAAGCUACCUGAAAUAAAUAAGUCUACACGCACAGAAGACGGGUAUGAGGUCAACAAGAUACAUAUGUUUUCCAAAAUCGGCAGUGUUUCCUGGUGUAAAGUAAUUAAAAGUUGUUCAAACUUAAACUAGUGUUGGAAUCAUCUUGAAAUCCCUUUUGUGGGUAUGUGGCCAUGUGGAGGACUGAUAAACAUGUUUGUACUGACCAGAAUGCACUCAAACCUUUGUCACUGCCACAAAGCAAGAGACCUGCUGUGAAAAAUAAUCCAAACAGACACUAAGAGAACGUGAGAGCAACUUCACAAGUGCUCAGAUCACAGUCCCAAAGCUCCCAAGGUUGAACCUCCUCUUAAACUAUGUUCACCACAUAUCAUUUGCAUACAGUGUCGUUGUCAUAGUGGCCUACGUGUAAACAGUCAUACACCAGUCUCAAACACUAUUCUGAUCUUGUUUACUAACCUCAGCCCAGUCUGCGGACGCUAUGUCUGCUUCUAAUUCCGUAUUCGGUGCACUGUGUUCCCUUCGCGAUUAAAAGCCUUACCCUUGUGCAGCUCAUCAAUACAUGUAAUUAAGCCCCACACAUUAACAAAAAUAGUGUGCAAUAUCUGCAAUGUGGCCCUUUAGGCCAGGCAAAGUAACCCAUUUUGGAGCCAAAAAUAUAAUUAAU